UGUGCGUGGAGAGAGGAGUGUGUGGCAGUGUGUCUGCAGUGUUGAAACAGGAGGAACAGUUGCACCAUGAGGCUCUAGUGCUUUGAGUUUGUCGUUUUAUGGGAUGUUUCCACACCAGGGAAAGAUGGAUGGAUUGCUGCAGAAAAAGAAGCUCUGAGCUGUCGUCACUUACAGCAGAGGGAUGUUCUAGACCACAUGGACACAGAGAGUCAUGGUGACUCUCACAGGCUUUCCUGCUCCCCUGGAGCCAAUCUCUGCGGCCUGGGAGCUGAGGAUGACGCUCUCGGAGAUCGUCAAGUACCUGGUCCUGGCCGUCUCCAUCAGCCUCCUGCUCCUGGCUCUGGGCAUCCUGGCCUGGCAGAUCAUCAGAUGCUGCUCGCACACACACACCAGAUACACCCAGCGAGAGACAGUGAAUAAUGAUCUGAUGUUCUCAGAAGAGAAGUCCUCAGCAGCUGAAAACUACUCCGGAGCUCCAAGUACAAAGACGGUCACAGCCAACGCCGAGGCCUUUAGGCUCAGCCGCUAUUUCUCUCUGGCCUCGUAUCCCUCCUCAGCAUCCAGCCAGUCAGACGGGGAGACGGGAGAGAAGGUAACCAGCAGGAAGGUUGACGGAUCGCUACGUUUCUCGGUCUUUUACGACCAGCAGCAGACCCAGCUGGUGGUCACCGUGCUGCAGGCCGAGGGUCUUUUUCAGGACAGGCCCACGAGAAGCCUUCAUCCGUUCGUCAAGAUCCGGCUCAUGUUUGCGGAGUCCACAGUGAACAUGGAGGAAUUUAACUGUGACGAGAGAGAAGCCACGCCGCCUGUUCUGUGGACGGUGCUGCAGGAGUGGAGGACUCGUGUUGUGAAAGGCAGCUGCAGCCCUUUAUUUGGAGACCAGUUCACCUGCAUCCUGCAGGAGGAGGAGGAUUUGCUCCGUCACAUUAGCCUCAGGAUGGAGGUCAGGGACUACGAUAAAUUCUCCAGACACACAGUGUUAGGAGAGGUGAGGGUUCCUCUGGAGCGGCUCCACUCCGCCUAUCCUCUGGAGCUACAAGAGGCUCUGCAGACUCCACAGAAGGAUCUUGUUGGGAAGCUGCUGCUGUCACUCAAGUUUCUCCCCACGUCUCAGAGGCUGGAGGUGGGCCUGCUGAAGAUCAGAACUGUUCUCACUCAGAGUCACUCGAAUGAAGCUCUCUACGCCAGGGUCACUGUCCAGAGCAACCAGUCCAAGCUGCCGUACCAGAAAACCUCGGCAGUGCCCCGAUGCUCGCUGACCGUCUUCAACAAGGUCCUCAUAUUCUCCCUGCCGGAGUUUCCCGUGGAGCAGUGUAAGGUUUUGGUCUACGUGUAUGAGAGCCACACUUCAAAGAAAUCCUCCAAACGCCUGAUUGGACAGCUGAUCGUGGGGAAGGAGAGGAGCUCGGAGGAUGAGCACUGGAGUUUGAUGAUGCGCUCGGUUCGUCAGCCGGUAGCAAAGUGGCACAGCCUGCUGAUCUGAGUCCCUCUCAUGUUUAUCUGUUGCUUGUAUACAGCUGAAAAAUGGUAUAUGAGACAUCUCUGCUCCUGCAAACUCCUCCAACAAACAAACUCGGCUCCAGAUCAUCACUCUUAAACUGGUUCUUGGAUGGUCAAUUUGUUCACAAAACUUUGUAAAGUCACUCAAGAAACCAAUUGUCAUCAUGCACCAUCUAUAUAUAAUAAAUUCUGUACAGAAAGCACCAAA